AUGUUCAGCUUGGUCAUGCAGUUCAGGCUGCCAGGAAACCACAUGACUGAAGACCCUGUGUAUAGAGUGGGCAAAACCUGUAGCUACACCCCCUGGACCUCCCGAGAGAUUCUGUGCGACCGCAACUACAUGGAGGUGUCUGUCAGAAGGACUCUUCCAGACAUCCAAACCGUCCCUGAACAGCCCACUGGAGGCCCGAAAGCAAGGAGCGGCAACUUCCGGAGAGGAGCUGAGGCUGUUGCUUCAGGAUACAAAAUGACAGCAGUCGUCUUUAGUCCUAGCAAGAAGGUCAUGAGUGUGGAUGAGGUCCAAAGAAAGGGCUAUGCAAUAGCCAACACUCCCACACGGCUGGUGUUAAGAAGCCCUCAUAAUGCAGAGGAGACAUACCUCCAGAAUGUAGCUGGGGUUCCGAUGCGGGUGCUCUCAACCUCAACCUUCUUUGAGCAGAAGUGGCUGGUUACUCGAGUAGAUGCCACGGCUGUUUGUCCAACACCAGGGGCAGUGGCCUUUACUCCAGAAGUGAUCACCUGGUACAUGCCCAAGCACAUAGACCCACUUUUCUCCUCUGAUGCCUUCACCAUGUUGGAGGUGUACAUGGGAAUUGACGCUAAGAGGCUGGACACUGAGGAAAUGGCUGCCAGAAACUACUCGGUUUUAGUCACAGAGGCUCAUAUUAUUGUUGAAAUUCCGGUGGGGGCGGUUGGCGAUUAUUUCAAGCUGUUUUUGCACUCCACUUGUGUAUUACAGCCUGAAUGCAUCACUCGUCUCCCUUUACAGAGCCAUAUUCAGGAUGACCAGUACUUUGUCACUUACACCAUUGAGCCCAUGCUUGAGUUGCUGUGGAUCGAGGAGGUCGCACACGAGGACACCAGCUACAAAGUCCUCUUCCCUAUCACAACACCUCCGAUGGCCAGGCCUCCACAAGUUCGCAACUACACGCCCUUAGACACAGUUCCUGAGCAGGCAGUGUUUGUGCUUGAGUUGGGGACCUUCAACCUUGAUGUGGAGCUGCUGAACAUCACCUUUCCCACCAUGGUGCUAACUGUUGCAGAGUGCAACGCCAGAGGCUUCAAUGUUCAGGAGCAGAGAUCCCUGGACAACACCUUGAAGAGCUUCAGGAUGGAGGUGCCCUUCUCAGACCCGGUGGUCUUUAAGGAGAGAAGGGCGGAACAAGGUGUCACAACCUUCACUCUUCAGCUGAUCUACGGCCUGGUCGUCUUUCCAGAGUACGCUCCUUUCGCUCACUCUGCCGUUGUGGACGCUGUACUGCUGGACAUUGUGCCACCCUCAGUCACUGGCAACUGUGAUCAGGUGAACUUUCACAUCACUGUGGACUACAGGAACCAAGAGCCCUUUUUCGUGGUCUUGGUUGGCAAGCGGCUGCUUAACCAUGAGCUUGCUCAACAGUAUUUAACAGAGGGCGACGCAGACUUCACCAUCACGUUGCCCUUCUCUUCGCCGGACGCAGUGUUUGAGUCGGUUCACCCGUCCUCUGUCAGGAGCAGACUGGAUGUGGCUCUGUUGAAUCCUUACAACAACAUGACCAUCAAAUACUUUUCCCUGGCUUGCAGCUUCCUCAAAACGCUGACUGAGUGUUUCUCUAACGGAACGAUGACUGCGCUGGCGGUCAAGGUGGAGUCUGCUCCCAGUCUGAACCCCGGUCAGCUGACCCUGAGCGACCCCGCCUGUGGUCCCACCUACAGCGACGAUCGCUUCGCCUACUUCCACUUCACUGUCAACUCCUGUGGCACCACCAGGAAGGUGUUCAUCGGGGCACAACAGGAUAUGAUAAACGUGUGUUUCUUAAUGGACAAGUUGAGAUGGUACCUCGCUGUUUUGUGCCCACCGGUUGUCUCGUUCUGUGUUCCAGACGCCUCGUAUAACACGUUCCACCAGGAGGAGGACUAUCCAGUGGUGAGGUACCUGAGACAGCCUCUGCACUUUGAGGUGGAGCUGACCAGGUCCUCUGACCCCAAGAUAGCGCUGGUGCUUGACCACUGCUGGGCCACCCCCAACGAGGACCGUGACUCCCGACCCCGGUGGAAUCUCAUCAUUAAUGGUUGUGAGAACCCGGAGGAUCCGUACCGUGUGGUCUUCCACCCGGUGGUAGCUGACGCCAGGGUCCACUUCCCCCCUCACGUCAAACGCUUUGAGGUCUAUAUGUUUUCCUUCGUCGAGGAUGCGGUUGAGCCGAGUGGCCAGGUCUUUGUCCAUUGUGAUGUGGUCAUCUGUGAUGCCAGUAGUCCCUCUGGCGGCCCCUGUAGUGGACAAUGUGUGAAUCAGGACAACUUGAAAAGAGGUAGGUCUUGUGUUAUGCUUUUCAGACCCUUGUCGAACUAA